CUCCUAUCACGCUGAGCACACCCCUGCUGCUCCUGCUGCCUCUGCAGGAUGCAGCUCUGCUCUCCUCGGUGUGGUUUGUGUCCUUCCCAAGGCAUGCAGAUCCAUCUCUGAGCUCUGUGCUCAGCAUCAGCCGCUGCUUCUGAGGCCCUGCGGGCGGGAUGGAGAUGGAGAUGAUGGAGAUGGUGAUGGGACAGGGAGCCGAGGACCCGGAGCCGCUGGCACCUCCCCGGCUCGGUGCUGCUCGGUGCUGCAACGCCUCCGGGAAAGGGCUGCACAGCCAGGGGCGCAUUUCCUCCCGCCCUGGGACGGUUUCCAAACAAGAAUGAGGAAAUGCUGAGCUCUGCAGCCACGUUCGUGGAUGUGUCCCUAAAACACCCCGCAGAGGGAGGCGGCUGCUUUCGAGCUGCACCCCAGCUGCAGUUGCAGGAGAGCCUGAAUGUCCCCGGGGCGGCGACAAGGACACGGGGGAGACCUGCGUGGCUCCGGGACCUUGGGCACAUGCCCGUGUGCCAAUCCCGUGCCCAGGCUCUGCUCGGGCAGCACCCAGGGGCCGUGGGCUGGGUGACGUCCGGCCCGCCCGCAGCCCGCUGCCACUGAUGUCACCCAAAUCGCUCAUUGAGUUUUGCUUUGCCGCUGCCAAUCUCAUUUCCUGGUUCUUGUGCAAUCCCAAGGGCUUUCAGGUUUCUUCCCGAUUCUUUAUCUGCCUGCGGGACCAAAACACCCUCAGAAGAAAAACAGCGCCGAUGUCUUGGGUCAGUGCCCGGGGAGGAGAUGUCCUGUGGGGGGCAGCCAGCCGUGAAGCAGGUUUUUUUUAGCUGCCUUGGUGUUUUGCAGAAAAAACAUUCCUGGCGGGCCGUCGCCAUGUCGGUGUCGCACAGCUCCAGGCUGAACAAGCUGGUGCGGGAGCAGUACAUGAGGCUGCCCCAGGAUGGGAGGGUGCAGGUCACCUACGUCUGGAUCGACGGCAGCGGCGAGGGAGUGCGCUGCAAGAGCAGGACCCUCGAUAAGGAGCCCAAGAGCAUCGAAGAUGUCCCCGAGUGGAAUUUCGAUGGCUCCAGCACGGCGCAGGCAGAGGGCUCCAACAGUGACAUGUUCCUGGUGCCCGUCUGCAUGUUCAGGGACCCUUUUUGCCUGGACCCCAACAAGCUGGUGCUCUGCGAAGUGCUGAAGUACAACAGGAAGCCCGCAGAGACCAACCUGAGGCACACGUGCAAGAAAGUGAUGGACCUGGUGAAGGACAGCCACCCCUGGUUCGGGAUGGAGCAGGAGUACACCCUGCUGGGCAUCAACGGGCACCCCUACGGCUGGCCCGACAACGGCUUCCCCGGCCCACAGGGCCCCUAUUACUGCGGGGUUGGAGCAGAUAAGGUGUACGGGCGUGAUAUCGUGGAGUCCCACUACAAGGCCUGUCUCUAUGCGGGGGUGAAGAUCUGUGGCACCAAUGCCGAGGUGAUGCCCUCCCAGUGGGAAUUCCAGGUGGGCCCGUGUGAAGGCAUUGAGAUGGGGGAUCACCUGUGGAUGGCUCGGUUCAUCCUGCACCGUGUCUGCGAGGACUUUGGGGUUGUGGCCACUCUGGACCCCAAACCCAUGACCGGCAACUGGAACGGCGCCGGGUGUCACACCAACUACAGCACCGAGGAGAUGCGCAGAGAGGGGGGUCUCAAGCACAUCGAAGCCGCCAUCGAGAAGCUGAGCAAGCGGCACGAUUACCACAUCUGCGUGUACGACCCGCGCGGCGGCAGGGACAACUCCCGGCGCCUCACCGGCCACCACGAGACCUCCAACAUCUUCGAGUUCUCAGCCGGCGUGGCCAACCGGGGCGCCAGCAUCCGCAUCCCGCGCCAGGUGGGCCAGGACGGCUACGGCUACUUCGAGGACCGGCGGCCGGCGGCCAACUGCGACCCCUACGCCGUCACCGAGGCCAUCAUGAGGACGACGGUGCUCAACGAGACCGGCGUGGAGACCAAGGACUACGCUGAGCACUGAGGCACCGGGGUGGGUGGAGGUUCUCGUGCCUACAGCGGCUUCUCACGUGGGAUUUGUGCCUGUGCAGUGUCUUCAGCUGCAAGCUCAGACUCUUCUUAGGAACCUCGCUUCUGGUCUUGUGAAACUUCGCCUUAGAAAUGUGUAUUUUAUAGCAAGAGGGAGGGGCCCAAGCUAUUUUCUCAACUACUUUGUUUGUUCUGGUUCCUGGUUUUAGGUCAUGAGGUUUUUUUAAAAAAAAAUUGGAUUGAAUUUUUUUUUUCCCUGAUGGACUUUACACUGUGAUGUACAUAGAUUCCAACGUGGAUGCUGCAGCUGCUGCUGUUUGCACCUGAGGAGGGUGGGUGCUUUUUUUUUUUCCCAUAUCUCUGUUGCAAGGAAAUGAUAAUAAAUAAUUUUCCUGGCUGCGUGGCAGCUGGGUUAUGCU